GGUCGCAGGCAGGUCAGAGGGGGCUGCAGGUGCUGGGGCCCCAGAGGGGGCUGCAGGUGCAAGGUCUCUCCAGAGGCUUUGCCAAGGUAGCCAAGAGCAGGAGCAGCAGAGAAGUGAAAGAAGCUGAGGACUCUGCCCCAGUUUUUCAGUAUGUGGGGGAGAAGUCCAAGAGGAAGGACAGGGUGUUUGUCUGGGGUUUCUGUCACGCUGGGGCCCUGGGGAUCCCCAGCUUCGUUAAGCCUGAUGCAAGCUGGAAAAAGUGCCGGAGGAUACAACCCACACCCUACCGCCUGGACACAGCUGAGAAGAUAUCCUCUGCAGCAUGUGGCUAUGGCUUCACGCUAAUAUCCUCAAAAACCACUGACAUUACCAAAGUUUGGGGCAUGGGGCUGAACAAGGAUUCUCAGCUUGGCUUUCAGAGAAGCAGGAAGGAUCAAACUAAAGGCUAUGAGUAUGUCUUGGAACCAUCUCCCAUUCCAUUACCACUGGACACUCCCCAGGAGACUCGGAUCUUGCAGGUGUCUUGUGGGAGAGCUCAUUCCCUCAUCCUGACGGACAAGGAAGGAGUCUUCAGCAUGGGCAACAAUUCCUAUGGGCAGUGCGGCCGAAAAGUUACUGAAGGUGAAAUUUACAGUGAGAGCCAUCUAAUUCACCGACUGCAAAAGUUUAAAGGCAGAGUUGCGCAGAUUGUCUGUGGGCAGGAUCACAGUCUGUUCAGGACUGAGAGAGGCGAGGUUUACUCCUGUGGAUGGGGAGCUGAUGGACAAACAGGUCUUGGCCAUUACAAUAUCACCAGUGUGCCCACCAAAUUAGGCGGAGAUAUUGCUGGAGUAAAUAUCGUACACGUUGCCACCUAUGGGGACAGCUGUCUGGCUGUAUCUGAUGAAGGAGACCUCUUUGGGUGGGGAAACUCUGAAUACUUGCAGCUGGCUUCCAUCACAGAGACGACACAGGUGAAUGUUCCAAGGCACUUACCGUUCAAGAUUGGGAAGAUAAAGGAUGCUGCAUGUGGAGGGACAGGCAAUGCUGUUGUAAAUGAAGAAGGAAAUGUCUUUGUCUGGGGAUAUGGAAUUCUUGGGAAAGGACCAAACCUGAUGGAAACAGCAACUCCAGAAAUGAUCCCACCCACCCUCUUUGGCUUGUCAGACUUCAGUCCGGACACCCGUGUUUCUCGCAUUCGCUGCGGACUCAGCCAGUUUGCUGCACUUAACAACAGAGGAGAGCUGUUUAUGUGGGGCAAGAAUAUAAGGGGGUCCUUGGGGAUUGGAAGAAUGGAAGACCAGUAUUUCCCAUGGAGGGUGACAAUCCCAGGCGAGGUAGUUGAUGUGGCUUGUGGAGUUGAUCAUAUGGUAACUCUGGUUAAAUCAUUUAUCUAGCAGCCGUGCUGUACCUCAGCUAUGCAUGGGGAAUGGCUGGUAAAAGACGAACCCAUGAUCACUCUUUCAUUGUGCUCAUGUUCAAUAGUACAAUGCUGCACACACUCAGCGUGUGAAGAACCUCUGCAAUGCUUGGAACCUUGAUAACUGUUUCUUCAUGUCCAGAGCCUCCAGCUACCCUUUGGGAGAGAGCCUUGCAUUCCUCCCAGAGGGAUGGUGAAGAGAUGAGCAGAUCAAACAUUUUAAUUAGCUGCUGAGAAUGGUCCAACCGCGCUGCUGCCUUGGCAGCAAUGCUCUGCUAAUGUGUAAGGAUUAAGACAAGAAGGGGAGCUGUUUUAUGACCAUUUUACUGUGUUCCUCCAUGAGGAAAUUGCAGUACAUAGUAUUAUGUGCACUUACUCGUACAGAUGGCAGUAGAGCUGUAAACGAGUAUGCAUCACUGCUGUCACUUUCAGGGGGUGAUGGCCUUAGCCAACCAUGUUUCCUAAAGGAAAAGUUAUCUUAUGGGAUGAAAUAAAUACAUACUGAUUAAUA